AUGAGCCAGAGGCCUGAGGUGCCGUCGCCGAGGGAGACGGAGCCCCCCACCCUGAAUGGGACGUCUCACUCAGAGCCGCGCAGGUCAUGGAGGCCAUGUCAGAUGCUCAACCAGGACGGAGAGGUGGUCCACAUCCAUCAGCACCCACACCCCGCUCCUCACCACCGAUCUCGAAGACGACCUCACCACCAACAGACCGCCCCAGUGCACAGACCAGACUCCACUGGUCCCAAUCCCUCCCCCCACCCACGGCCCGCUGUCUCACGCUACCGUCGCCAGGGAGACCCUAACCCCAGGCUCCGAGCUGGGCAAAGACAACCCACCCGAGAGGAGUCCAGAGCAGAGGCACAUCGCAGCCCACAAGACCAAAACAAAACAGACCAGUCACAGAAAAGUCUCUCACUCCAUACACCGGGGGGUGAUUGCUUUCCCACCCCCCAAGUGGACAGAGACUCAUCAGCACUGAGACGGCCUACAGAAGAAGACUCCAUCCUGCACACAAAAGAUGUUCAACUAAGAAAAACCAACCCCAGAAAACAAGCAGCUCUGCAGGAGAUCGAACCAUCGCAUGACAAAUCGACAAACGAGGCGAAGUCCUCCGAGCUGGAUGUAGAGGAGGAGCCUAGUGGUGAUCAUAUACAGCCAAUCGAGGCUCAGGCACAGGGGGAGGGCCUGGAGGCAGAUGAGGAGAAGACAACUGUGCAGGGGGAGGGGCUAGUUGGCCAAAUGGAGCAGCAAAGUGAGGACCUGGAGGAGUUUAGAGACUCAUUGAAAGAACAAAUAGAGGAUGAAAAAAAUGAACUUUUAGGGACAAGGGGGGAGGAGUUGUGUGCAGAAGGGGAGGAACUGGAUGCAGAGGGGGAGGAGCUACCUGCAGAAGGGGAGGAGCUGUACCCAGAGGGGGAGGAGCUACCUGCAGAAGGGAAGGAGCUACGAGCCCAGAGUGAGGGUUCAAUUAUACAGAGAGAUGUCGGGGACGAAGCAGCGGCGCAGGAGAGCGAGAUCACGGACCUCUGCUCGGACACGGAGAGCGCCGCUUCCCUGAGCCUGGACGGGCCACUGCACAGCCCCCCACCCAUGCACUCACCCACCCCACCCUCCUCCCCCGACAUCCCACGCUUCCCCCAGAUUGACCACUUCAGCGAGCACGCCAGCCCAACCCACACACGCCACGCACUGCCUGGGGACAGCGACCAGAGCGACACGCAUCCUGAUGAUGAGGAGGAAGAGUCUUCUUUGGUGUCCUACCCACAAACCUACGCCGACUUCUACUCCCAGUCCCACCACAGGUCCCAGCCCCAGACAAAGCCCCAGUCUGAGCCUCGGCAGCACCCCAACUGCUUCCCGGAGCCACUGCGGACCUCUUACCCAGCGCAGCCCCCCAAACCGCAGCCCAUUCGCAACCUACCCCCCUUGGACAGCUCCAUCGGCUCCCGGCUACACCACUACGAUGGCCAGUCUGACGGAGAGAGCAGCGAACGCAGCCCUGUGUCCCGAGCCCGGAGGAAGGCCCCCGGGAGGAGAGGGCAGGCUGGGAACAAGCAAACAGGCAUGUCCCCGGGAGAUGAGCGGAGUCCAGCAGAGACUGGGCCCAGGGGAGACGCCAUUAGUCUGGCCAUCAGGGGCAUAAAGGAGGCCAUCGAGGAGGUGAAGACGCGGGCCGUGCGUUCUCCCUACACUCCUGACCAGCCCGUGGAGCCGGUGUGGGUGAUGAGGCAGGAGAGCAGUCCCACAGAGGAGCCCAGCGGCGUGGGACAGACGUCCCCGGGCUCCCCCUGUGACUCCCUGUCUCCCCCCUCGCCUCAGGACCCCGUCAGUCCUGUGAGAGCUGAGGCCUCCAGUACGUUCCAAAGAGAGGCCCCGAGACAGAGCAGCCGUCCUCCAAACCCCCAGCAGAGGGGGCCACCAGCCCCAACACCACCCACAAUACAAGAGAUUCGACACUCUCUGCCUACAUUUCCCACCUUUGUUGAUGUGCCAGGGCCCUGUGACCCAGACGACCUGAUCGACGGUAUCAUCUUUGCUGCCACCUACCUGGGCUGCACCCACCUACUGUCGGAGCGCACGCCGUCCAAGAGCGCGCGCAUGCAGCAGGCGCAGGAGGCCAUGAACCGAGUGCGGGCUGCACAGAAACAAGCCAAGAACAGAAAGAAGGGUUCGGAUGGUGAGGCUCUGUCCACAGUGGAGGUGGACCUGUUCAUGUCCAUUCAGAGGAUCAAGGUGCUGAACGCAGACACUCAGGAGAGCUUGAUGGACCUGCCUCUCCGGACCAUCUCGUACAUCGCCGACAUCGGGAACAUGGUGGUGUUGAUGGCGCGGGGAAAGAUGGUGCGCUCGAGAUCAGCCCAGGACCCUGGCGAGGAACGGAGCCACAGCCCGGAUCAGAACCGGGUCUACAAGAUGAUCUGCCAUGUAUUUGAGUCAGAAGAUGCUCAGCUCAUCGCUCAGUCCAUCGGCCAGUCCUUCAGCGUGGCCUACCAGGAGUUCCUGCGGGCGAACGGCAUCGACCCUGAGGACCUGAGCCAGCGCGAGUACAGUGACCUCCUCAGCACUCAGGACAUGUACAACGAUGACCUCAUCCACUUCUCCAAGUCCGAGAACUGCAGAGACGUGUACAUUGAGAAGCAGAAGGGGGACAUCCUGGGCGUGGUGAUUGUGGAGUCGGGCUGGGGGUCCAUCCUCCCCACAGUCAUCAUCGCCAGCCUCAUGCACUCGGGGCCCGCGGAGAGGUCCGGACGCCUCAACAUCGGAGACCAGAUCAUGACAGUGAAUGGGACUAGUCUGGUGGGCCUGCCCCUCAGUACGUGCCAGAGCAUCAUCAAGGGUCUGAAGUCCCUGUGUCGGAUCAAGAUGAACAUCGUACGCUGUCCUCCGGUUACCAUGGUGCUGAUCCGCAGACCGGACCUGCGCUACCAGCUGGGCUUCAGUGUGCAGAACGGCAUUAUCUGCAGCCUGAUGCGGGGGGGCAUUGCUGAGCGGGGCGGGGUGCGUGUGGGACACCGCAUCAUCGAGAUCAACAGUCAGAGCGUAGUAGCCACGCCCCAUGAGAAGAUCGUUCAGAUCCUGUCCAGCGCUAUGGGAGAGAUACACAUGAAGACUAUGCCCGCUGCCAUGUACCGGCUGCUGACAGCGCAGGAGCAGCCCGUCUACAUCUGA